AUGUCAGUCUUCCUCUGCUGCGGCUCCCAACGUCGACGCAGGCAGCCUGCAGGUGACGUUGAUUUGGCUGAAUCACCAGAAGAGCAUUGCACUCGGCUAGAUUUUGCAGAUAUCCAGCGCUGUUUUUGCCAUCCGCGCGAAUCUAUCGAGAUGCCACUUCGCCUUCGAAAUGUCCCGGUGCCACCUCCUGAACUACCGCCCGAAAAUCCGACUGAGCUUAAACAACUGGUAGUGGACGAUUCGGAUGGUGAUGGGAGAGCGAAUAACAGUUUGGCAAAGACAAGCAGCACAAAUAGCGCUUUGAAUAUCGUCCGAACAAGGAUCAUACGCCAUAUGUCAAACGAGAAUGAAACAAACCGCCAGUCUCGUGUAUCAGCUGGCCAUAGCCAAGAAGAGGUUGCUCGAAGAGCUGAGCUGAGAAGGUUUCGGCAUCAAAGGAUCCAAGAAGAGCUGAAGAAUGAAGAUAAUAAUGCCGAGUCAAGCAACACUUCCCAUCGCAGUACUUCCUAUCUAUCCCCUCUGAUUGACGCUGGACAACCAAGAAUUGGGCCCAGAGAUACCAUCGAAUUUACAGUCACAGACGGACACCAUACGAGCGCAAUGCAGGCGCUUCCGACACAAGAUAAUACAACACUUAUUGAUACUACGAAGAGAGAAGUAGGCGGCACUACGCAAGAAGAAGAAGGAGGAGGAGGAGGAGAGAUAAAGUAUCCAAGUAUACUUGCAGUGCUUAACGCGGACGAGAGAGAUCAAGCUCCUCCCUUGCGGCCACCCAGUACGCACAGUAAUAGAUCUCAAAAGAUAGCAGGAUGCUUGUACAACUCAUCCCGUCUUGAUCGCGUUUUGGGUACGGAUAACGAAUUUGACAUUCGUCAUGGGGCUCAUGCUUGGGAGGAGCAGUCCACUCUUGGUAUCUGGCUUGCUGCCCAAGGCAUGCGAUCCCGAAGCAGCUCUAUCCGCCCAGCAGACAAUGAGUCGAAUGAUAAGAGUGCUAAGGAUCAGACUUGUUUACACCACGAAAAUUUUGGCGCGAUCGAUAGUGCCGCAGACGCUCUGUUGCCGACUCAUUGUCAAUGCAGUAAUGAUAUGAAGCCUCAAGACCGAGGAGAUUCGUACGAAAGCGCGUCAUUUUCCUCUAACAAGUCCAAUAACCGUACAAUAGGCGGGGCUGAUGUCAUUUUACCCGAGAGAUAUGUGCCCUCAGGGUCUAAUGUCUUGGAUAUAGCUGUAACAAAACCCGUUGAUAACAGUUCUUCCAACUACCACUCUACAUUUCCAAGUUUUCAGCCAAGCCCAAAUCGAUCUCAGCCUGAUUUUCAUCAUCUCAGCGCAGAAGAUCUAGAAAGUCUCGAGCUUUCACCCUUUAGCUGGCAAGGCGACUUUUCUGUCAUUAAAAGUAUUCGGGCAUCUGAGGGAAAGAGUUCAUAUGCUACAGCGGAAGACGACAUAUUUUAUUCCGAUAAUAACGCCAGCAGUGCACAAAUCAUUUACCCUCCUGCCCAAACCUCUGCUGACACCACACCCCUUGCCAUCUCUGCAGCUGCGUGUAUUCAUCCUCGAGAGACUAAGGCACGGACAAUUGGUACAAGGCUUGGUAAUGCAUUGUCAAGGAAGAAACCGUCGUUAGAUUUUGGUAGUCAUUCCAAAAAAGAACUCCACGCGAUUUCUACUGGAACUGGCAGCCGGACCCUUAUGUCACGGAUUAACCUUUCAAUCCUGAGGAGAUUUAAACGUGGCUCUAGCAGCUCCGGCACGUCACAAAAUAGGCAUUGCGGAAAUGAGAGAGAGUCGUCGGCACUUGUACGAGAAGGUUCGAAUGAUAUGCGUUUAGACAUACCUCCUGAUAUAUCUUCCUUAUUUCGCCAAGAGAGAAGCGGCUUAUUGUCAGCUGAUUUGAGCGAUGCUACAAUCAAACAUACGUACAAUAAUCGGACGCCGCUUACACAACGCCAUUCAGCUGUUUUUGAAACCUCUAGGCUGACUCCUCACUCGGAUGAACUGCCAGACGAGACCCGAAGCUCCUCCCGCCGAAUUCUCCAGCAAUUAACGACUAACAUACAAGAAGCAUUUUCACCUAGCUCCACACCAAAACCCUCAAAGUCCCAGAAUCGCUUGGCCAGGGCACCUCUAUACUCGGGUGAUGAGAGAGCUGCCGCCGCUGACCCUCGCCAGUCGCAGUUAGAUGGAGGCAGCUCGGUUUCAGGCACUCUCUUCCUCGACUCAGCCCCACGCUUUCAGUCUGCGAAGCUAGGAAAGGCCAUGAGAUCCGGCUUUAAAAAGCUUAUGCCUUCCUAUAAUAAUGAGAAGCAAGCUCAGCUCAGCCUGCCUUCAAAGUAUCACCAGCGCUAUGAUGAAAAUGAAAAGCGCUCACAAUCCAAGAUAAUGCGAUCGGAUACAUUAUCUAUGGAAAGUGAUCACCUAAGAGCUGGGGUGAAAGAAGUAGCUGAACAUGGUACCGCGUCUUCACAUCAGCAAUUGCGUGCUGAUAGGGAAUUGAAAGCGCCUGAAUUGGCCAAGCAGCCUUAUGAUGAAAGCCAUAUGGAAAGCAGACCAAUUGAUGGAAGUCCGCACUCUGCGUCGCUGGAAUUCAAUGCAGGAUGCCCCAACAAACUGGGGAUCGUCCUCAGAUAG